AUGGUCCGGUUGAAUGCCUUCCUCGGGGCCUUCUUCUUCGUGGCGCUCGUCGCGCCGUGCCGGGGCCAGCCGACGGCGGCGGUGCUCCUCGUGCAGACGAGCAUCCAGGACAUGUUAGAGCAGCCCUGGAUUCCGAUCGAUUCGAUGAUCAGUUUCUACGAGACCUUCUUCCUGGAGGACAUCGACAACGACUUCACGGUGGCGGCGUCCGUCGUGUUCUCGCUCAUGAAGAAGUUCGCGCUGGACAGCAGCUUCGACACCAUGUACCUCUCACGCGCCGAAGACGGCGCCUUCCUCGGCUACCACAACAAGAAGGACGCGAACGGGAGCUACGAGAUGUCGUUCCUCCCGGGCUGGGACUGCCCCUGGAACUACACGAAGGCCUGCAACGGCAGCGACCCCUGCGACGCCGCGUACCCGGGCUUCCAGCCCGCGUGCCGCCACCGCGUCGACGUGGGCCCGCGCCAGGGCUUCCCGGCGUGCGGCGCGUGGAUCCUCGGCAAGUGCGACGUCUUCGCGUUCGCCCAGGGCUUGUACAACUCCACCUGCGACGACGUCCUGGACUGCGUCGCCGGCCUGUCCACGGCGGACACACCCGCGCAUGCGGCCCUGGUGUGGGAGUCCGACGGCGCCGACUCGUCGUGGUCCGACAUCUACGAGUUCCACAGCAACGGCGACCUGGGCAUCACGGCGACGCGCGUCUACGCGGACUGGCGGGGGCGGCGGACGAUGACGGCGAGCGUCGACUACGUGCUGUCGGCCGUCGACGCGGCCGUCGCCGGCGCGACGACGACGGGCGACGUCGCCUACGUCAUGGAGUACCGCACGGGCCUGCUCGUGGCCGUGUCCGAGGGCCGGCGCGUGGACGCCGACGGCAAACGGGACGCGCGCAACGAGCUCGUCGGCGUCCUCAACGCCUUCGAGUCCGCGCGCGGCCGCGACACGCGCCACUCCAUGCGCCGGAGCAGCCGCGCGCUCAUCUCCGCCGACGACCUCUACCGCCUGGACGCGGAGGCCGCCGCGCCGCCGAUCAAGCCGACGCCGCGGGGGCAGAACCGCCACGACCUCGAGACGGACAUGCGCGCGCGCGAGACCGACGUCAUCGCCAACCUCGUGCGCCGCUUCUCGAGCGACGACGGCGACGGCGACGGCGACGGCCCGGCCGCGGCGGCGACCGACGGGAGCGCGGCCGCGGCCCGCGACGGCGGGUCGCGCGACGGCCCGCCGCCGCCGCCCGACGUCGCCGGCACGCCGCCGCCGCCGCCGCCCGACGUCGCCGGCGGCGGCGCGGCGAGCGUCGACGGGUCGCGCGGCGGCGCGGAAGGAAACGCCACCGGCGUCGACGGGUCGCGCUCGGAUGACGCGUACGACGCCGCCGCGCACGGCGACGCGGUCCUCAGCGUCGAGCUGGCCGCGGUCGACAUGGCCUUCGCCUGCGUGGGCCUGAACCUGCGCUGCGCGGCGACGACCAUCGAGGCCGACGAGUGGGCGCGCUGCGUCGUCGACGUGGGCCUCGUCGUCGGCGACGAGGCGCCGCCGGCGCCCUGGGAGCUCUGCGGCGGCGCCAUCAACGUGGGCCUGGGCCUGCGGCGCGUGCGCCUGGCCGUCCUGCGCGUGGGCGCGAGCGCGCGCGGCACGUUCCGCUACGUCUGCGACGCGCGCGCGGCGCCGAGCUGCCCCGGGCCCGGCUGGCGCGCGUGCGCUCGCUGCGGCGACGCGCGCGGCGCGCCGCCGUCGCUCACGGCCGGGCGCCUGUCGGCGGUCAAGGCGCUCUACCUCUACGUGCGCUUCGCGUCGAGCGGCGAGUGCGCCUUCCCGCCGCGCGCGCUCGUGGAGUUGCGCGCGCGCGACGCGCGGCGCGCGGACGCCGACGACGCGUGGACCGUCGUCGACGAGCCAAAAGGCUACGCGAACGUCUACGGCGAGCGGCCCGUCGUCGAGGGUGUGUAUAGCAGCCCCCUGGGCAUCGACGGGCCGCGGGAGCCCGCGGUGCUCGCGUCCCACGGCGACGUGCCGAGCCACUUCGCGUCGUUCGUCUUGGACGUCCCUCUCGGGCUCACGCUGCAGCGCUGCGACGACGUCGCGCCGCCCGAGGCCUUCUCCUUCGAGAUGACGGACUCCCGCGGCGACGCGCGCCACGUGGCCUGCGUCAAGUUCGACUGGCGCCUCGAGGACGGCGAGGUGUCGCGGCUCCGGCGCGGCGUCGAACGCGACGCGCGGACGUUCCGGCCGUCGCUGGCCACGGCCUGGUCCGCGGCCUGGGGCGACGACGACGACGACGACGACGACGACGACGCCACGAACGACGACCCGGAGUCGCCCAAGGCCCCGCGGACGCCCGUCGGGCGCGACGAGACGGCGCCGCUCGGCGCGGGACAAGCGCGCGACGCGCCGCUCGGCGCGCACCUCGACGAGCGGGCGACGUACGCGGGCUUCGCGCCGGUGGUGUUCUGCGUCGUUUUCCGGCGGCCCGACGCUCUAGCCUGCAUGCGCACGGCCUGCUUCGAACUGUUCCGGCUCGCGCUCUCGCGGAACCGCCGCGCGUUCCAAAUUUUGUUGGCGACGCUCGCGGCGGUCGACCUGCCGUCGCCGGAGUCGCGCGUGGACCUGCGGUGCGUCUUCGUGGACUCGGCGAAGACGCCGGAGCAGCGGGCGCCGCUGCGGGACAUGGUCGUGCCGUCGUCGGGCGUCGCGCGCGCGGGGCUGCGGUCCCUGGACGACAAGGACGCGUGGCUCGCGUUCCUACGCGCGCUGGAGCCGCCGGACUUUGCGCGCCUGCUGGAGCUCGUGUUACUGGAGAAGCCCGUGCUCGUCUGCGGCGCCCAGCGGGCGCCGUCGUUCUUCCUCGACGCGCUGAAGACGCUGCUGUUCCCGCUGAGCUGGGCGCUCCCGUCCGUCGACCGGCUGCCGGAGCGCGUCGCCGCGGACCUCCUCUCGGGCGUCGUGCCCGUGCUCGCGGCCAUCGCCCACCGCCGGGGGCGCGAGCCGCGGCGCGUCGUCCCCGAGGGCGUCGACGAUUCUGUGGUCGUCGUCGACGUCGCCGCGCGGACGCUCGACGUCGGCAUCCACGGCGACGCGCCGUCGGUCGCCGCGGCCGCGCGCGAGGCCUUCGUCGCGCGCGUCGAGGCCGCGAAGCGCCGGUGCUACGUGGACGUCGACGCCGAGGGCCUCGCCGUCCGCGACGCCUUCGCGCCGCUCAUCUCGUCGCUGCUCGACGGCGCGCGGCAACGCGUGCGCGCGCCGGACGCGGCGUCGGCCGAGGGCUACUUCGCGUCCGGCUUCCGCGGCUGUUUCGACAGCGAGGGCUACUGCGGCGGCGACGCCUUCCGGCGCGCCUUCGCCGAGACGCAGAUGUUCGCCGUCUACGUGCAGCGCAUCGUCGAGGUGCACCUGCGGGCGGACACGGCGGUGUCGCCGGCGGCGGACGGGCCCGCGCUCUCGGAGCUCUUGGACGCGCGCGAGGCGCACGCGAAGCCCUGCGUGGCCGUCGUCGCGCGCGUGCCGCUGUUGGACGGCGCGGCGGCGAUGGCGCGGCCGCCGCCCGACGCGUCGGAGUGGGCCCUGCUCGUCGGCGACGAGGCCGCGCGCGCGUCGGCGGCCGCGGCCGUCGCGGAGCCGCUCGAGGCGCUCGCGGCCGACGCGCGGGCCGGCGCGGCGACGGACGCGAGGAGCUCCGCGGAGUUCUACCGGCGCACGUCCCUCGUGCGCGUCGCCGGCGACCGGCGGCGGCGGCGCGCGGGGCCCUUCGGGGCCGCGUCCGAAGUGUUCGCGAUGUACUUCGUGUGCGUGCCGCGGCUGCUGCGGCGGCGCGACGACCACGCGAUGGCCGCCGCGCUCCUGCGAGCGUUGGGAUUGUUGUUCCAUUUACUACGGUCGCACCUCGUGCCCGACGAGGUCGAGUGGCGCGGGCUGCUGCUCGCCGCGGGGCAGCUCCGGUUUCUCGCGACGUCGGCCGAGUGCCGCACGUUCGCUCGAAAGGUCGCGGCGGCGCUCUUCGAGACGAUGCGCGAUCUGCGGGUCUUGCCGGGCCAGAUCACGUUCUCCUUGUUCGCGCUGGCGGCGUCGGGCAACGACCCCGCGCGCGGGCUCGAGGCGCCGGACCUCUUCGCGCGGAACGCGUCGGCGAGCCGCUCCGACUCGGCGGCGCCGCGGCGUCCGACGUUCGCGGGGCCCGACGGCGUCGAGGAGGACCACCCGCUGGCGUGGCUGGAGCUGAGCGGCGUGCGGUUUUGCGCCGAACGGAAGGUCGACACGGCGUUUCUGGGGCGCGUCGACGACCUCGCGGACGAGGACGGCCGCCUCUUCUCCGCGGGCGACGCCCUGUUCGGGUCCUACAAGCGGCGGCGGCGGUCGGCGACGCUGCACCGCGCGGCGGCGCUCGACGACGGCGACGCGCGGCGCGUCGCGCUCUGGCCGGAGCCGUUUUCGUGCGACGCGUGCGGCCGCGAGGCCAGCGAGGCCCAGGUGCUCGGCGCCGUCCUCGACGGCGCGGACGAGCGCGGCCUCGUGCGCCUCGUCUGCAAGGGCUGCCGCACGUGCCGCGCCUUCGAGGCGACGCUGGCCGCGCGCGACGGCGAUUCGGAGACGCGCGUCGCCUACGGGGGACCCGGCGACCUGCGCGUCGCGCUCGAGGAGCGGCUGGCGACGCGCGGCGAGCGGUCCCUGGGCGCGGACGCGCUGCGGCGCGAGGUGCCCCACCUCUACUACGGCGCCCUGUGGUACGCCGCGCGGCUGCGCCUGCCCAUCAUCUUCCGGGGCGACGGGCGCCGCGCGCUGCUGUUGCUGCUCGCGGCGUCGGCGGACGGCGCGGCCGCGGCGCUCGCGGCGCCCGGGCCGCCCGAGCCGGAGGGCGCGCGCGUCGAGGCCGCCGACCCCGGCGCCGACGCGGGCGCGCCGCCGCCGCCGCCGCCGGAGACGGAGGGCGGCGACGUCGCCGCGCGGCCGCCGUCGCCGGGCCUCGCCGCGUCCGCGGCGCUCGAGUCCUUCGGCACGAUCCCGCCCGAGGGCAUCCUGCUCUACAUCCCCGACGCGCGGAGCCCGCAUUGGUCGCCCAAGGCGUCGGCGAAGAUGAUCGACGUCGCCGCGUCCGGCGAGAGCAAGCACGAGGAAGCGCGCCUCCGUGACUCCAUGAUGACGAACCUGCCCUUCGGGACGCAGCAAUUCGGCAGGGUAGCGCCGGGCGGCGGCACCGUCCGCUGGCGGCGGCCGACGAUCAAGGCCGAGGUCGAGGUCGUGCGGAAGCGGCUGAAGCGGAGCAGCGGCGGCGUGCUCGACCCCAACGGCGACUACAUGGCGCGCUGGGACAUCAUCACGACGCUCUUCCUGCUCUUCACGGCCAUCGUGACGCCCGUCGAGGUCGGCUUCACGCGCCAGCUCGGAGGUCCGCCGGAGCAGUGGGCCAUCUGGUGGAUCAACCGCCUCGUGGACCUCGUCUUCAUCAAAGACAUCGGCGUCCAGUUCUUCCUGCCCUACCAGGACCGCACGCGGGGCAAUCUCGUGGUUAGGAGCCGCAUCCUCAUCGCGAAGCGCUAUUUGCGGGGCUGGUUCUGGGUCGACGUCGUCUCCGUGAUCCCCUUCGACCUGAUUCCCGUCGACGCGCUGAACCGGUUGAAGGCCGUGCGCCUCGUGAAGCUCCUGAAGCUCCUGAAGCUCGGCCGCGUGCUCCGGGCGAACCGGACGCUGGCGCGCUGGGAGACGUCCAUGGCGCUGUCCUACGCGAAGAUCUCCAUGUACGGCUUCGCGGUCGGCAUCGUCUUCGUGAGCCACUGGAUGGCGUGCCUCUGGGGUUUGGUGGACGUCAUGGCGGAGAAGGACGCCUGGACCUGGGUCAAGGCGCUCGAGGCGUCCAAGGCGGACCCGCGGGGCCGGGGCGGCGACGGCCGGCCGACGUUCCGCCGGAGCUCGAUGCCGCACCGCUACGCCGCGGCGCUCUACUUCUCCGUCUACACGCUGACGUCCAUCGGCUACGGCGACAUCACGGCGACGAACCCGACGGAGUGCGCCGUCGCGUCGCGCCUCAUCUUCUUCGGCAGCUUCUUCUGGGCCUACACCAUCGGCUCGUUCUGCGCGACGCUCGCGACGAUGGACAUCUACGAGGUCCAGUGGAAGCAGACCAUGGACGAGAUGAACGAGAUGAUGCACGACCGCAACUUCGACAUGGAGCUCCGGCGGCGCUGCCGCAUGUUCAUGAAGAACGCGAAGCACCUCGCCAAGGCCGCGAACGACCGCCAGCUCGAGCAGCAGAUGAGCCUGACGCUGCGGUCCACCGCGGCCGUCGCGAACAACCAGACCUGGCUCGCGAACUGCUGGUUCCUGAGCCCGCCGACGCUCGCGGAGCUGAGCCCGACCUUCGUCGCCCACACGUCCCAGGCGCUCACGAUCCACCUCUUCGCGCCGCUGGAACUGGUCGAGGUGCCCGUGAGCCUCUGCAUCCUCAACAGCGGCAUCGUCGCGCGGAGCGGCAAGCCCAUGGGCAAGGGCCAGGUCGGGGGGCUGGACUUCGUGCUCCGGGAGGAGCACGCGUACGCCCUCGACCGAAGCUACGGGUCGUCGCUGACGUACGCGGAGGUCGUGACGUUGGAACAGACGGACUUCUUCGAGAUCCUCGACAACGGCGACUACCCGGAGGAGCACCGCGCCGUCAAGUGCGCCCAGGUCUUCUACCGCGUCAAGGCGGCCCUCCUGCGCCACGUCGCGGAGUACGUGAACGCGAAACGGGAAGGCCGCAAGGUGCGGCGCCGGUCCUUCGAGCCGGAAGAGAACGACGAAACGCUCGACGAGGACGCCGACGACGACGCCGGCUCGCCGCGGCUCCGCGACGCCAUCCCCGCGAUGGGCGACGUGAGCGAGACGCGCGUCGAGGCGGUCGUCGCGGACGUCGCGCCCGUGCCGUCCGACGGCGCGGCCGGGGACGGGCCGGCGCUGGCGUCCCUCGCGGCCGGCGACCUGGCGGCCCUCGCGCGGCUCGUCGCGCGCGAGGUCAGGCGAGAAAACGACGACGCGCUCGCGAAGCGCAUCGCCGCCGAGGUCCGCGCGGCCGUCGCCGACGACAUCGACGCGCGGCUCCGGCGGCACUCGCCUCGCGACGGCCCGGCCGAGCGGCGGCCGAGCGUCGUCUUCGGCUCGCGCCAGUCCGUCGCGUUCCAGCAGGCCGCGUCGCGGCACACCGUCGCCAAGCCCACCACGGCCAUCAUGUCGCUCAGCAGCUCCGACGCCUUCGUCGGCGCGUCGCUGCUCCACCCGUAG